ACAAACAACGUGGUGUAAACGUGCGUAGUAAAAAUUUUCAUUCAUAAACUUUAUUGCUAAAUUUUUAUCCGGAAAAACUGCGAUGGCAGUUGUUUUCCGAUGUGAAAAUUGCCUUUUCCUGAGUCACAAAGAAUUAAUUGACUCCCACUAUCGUGGUGUGUAUGAAAUUAAGCCGGAAUUCUUUGAGAUAAACCAGCCAUAUGCCCAAAGGUGUGACAGUCCCAAUCAAAAGCGGAAACGGAGGAAGUUGUGUAAACAGGAAGAAAAUGCCGAAUUGGAGGAGAAAUUGAGAGAUUUUGUAGGGAAAUGCAGGGAAACUGGAUAUUUUGGUGGAAAUCCCGGGAUGACAAAUGAAGAAGCUGUGGUGGAAGCAGCCAGAGUUCACAAUCACAGCAUUUCGCAUCCAGUUUUGCAGGGAGAAAAUAAAAAUCUCCAAUGUAUUUGUACAAAAGUAGACGAAGAGGAAUUUAUUAUCCCUCCAAAUUGUCGAUUUUAUCAGAAUGAUGUGCGGCAAAUUGAGAAAUUCCUGCCUUCCGGUGAGGAGUUUGACCUCAUUGUGAUUGAUCCACCGUGGUGGAAUAAGUACAUUCGACGUGUCAAGAGAGCCAAUCGCAAUAUCAGCUAUGACAUGCUGUAUAAUGACGAUGUGGCUGCCAUUCCCAUCGGGGGAUUGACCUCAGGCAGGUGCAUUGUGGCAAUUUGGUGUACAAACAACAAGAGUCACCUGGAGGACAUUGCGAGCAAGUUCAUUCCCCGCUGGGGCCUCAAAUACGUGACUCAGUGGCUAUGGAUGAAGGUCACGAAGGCUGGAGAGCCAAUUUGUAGCUUUGCUGGAGAGGAAAAGAAGCAACCCUAUGAGAGAAUCAUUGUAGCUGUAAAGGAUACCGCCCUAGAGGAGAGAAUCCCAAAAGAUCUGAUCCUCUUCAGCGUACCGAGUUCAAUACAUUCCCACAAACCACCUCUUCUGGAUGUCUUCAAACCCUACCUACCUGAGGAACCAAAAUGCCUGGAAAUCUUUGCACGAUACCUUCAUCCGGGCUUCACGUCCAUCGGCCUUGAGGUACUAAAACUACAGCAUGUAAGUUUAUUCAAUAAACUCAAUAUUUGAGAGA